AUGCGAGCCAGCGAGGCUCAUGAUUGCCUGGAGGAGUAUGAGUUCAUGUGUGACGAUGCCAUAGAAAAGGCUUACGACGUGCUCGCUCCAUUAUGUGCACAAUAUGGUCUGCGACCGCCUCUCCCAUCGAAGUUUAAAGCUGCGUUUUUGUGGCUGAAUCACGAGCACGGCUUCUUCAGCUCUGGAACGAAGAAGCAGGAGCUCCAAGCAUGGGCCAUGGCCAAUGCCAACACUCUCCGAGCUCGCUUGGUCUACACGGUUCGGCUUUAUCGAAAAACGCCGGGUCGCUCGAAGCGACCCAAGAUCCAGCAGCUUAAGGAUAUCCUGCGACUGUGGGAAAAUGAGGAAGCUGCAUGCGAUCAGGAGCCGGACAUGGAUGACGCUGGCGAGGAAGGGGAGGGCGAGCAGGAAAAGGAAAUGGAUGAAACCGGCCAGGACGGGGAUGGCAAGCAAGAGGGGGAAAUGGAUGAAACUGGCCAGGAGGGGGAGGACGAACUAGAAGAGGAAAUGGAUGAAUCUGGCCAGGCGGGGGAGGGCAAGCAGGAAGAGGAAAUGGAUGAAUCUGGUCAGGCUGGGGAGGGCGUGGAAGCCCAGGACGAUCAGAAGAAGCCCGCGAAGCCCAGCACCGUGCGCACCAGUGACAAGGCCGAGGGCGAGGGCGAGGUGGACCAAAAGACGGUGGCCGAGGAGGAGCCAGCCUCAAAGAAAGCCAAAACGACCAAGCCAGAGGAAGACCGAGCGAAGCUGACAAAGUCACUGCCAAAGUUGGCACGCUACCGC